GCAACAGCUACCAUUCACAGCAAACUACCUUCCCUGUCUGUGUCCAGUUCACAGUGUAAGAUAGGCUGCUCACUGCUGUUCAGAAGACAAGUUAACGUGACAUUUUUCACCUCCACACGGUUUUGACCACACGCAGACUGACGGAGAGUGCUUAAAAACUGCACAGCCAAAUUUCUGGAAAAAAUAGCAGAAUCACGGACCAGAUCAGCAGCUGGGAGGCUGGGCAUGUGACAGGAAAUCAGCCAAUCGUCCCUCACACCGGCAGCACCAGUGAAAAACGAGGAGCCCUGGGGGAAACGCUAAAGAUAGCAGCUGGCAAAACAGAAAGGGAGUGGUGCAGCUAGUCAGUGUGUUUAAACUAUAGUGCAACAGGCCUCCUGGAUUCGAGCAGCAACCACAGCGUUCCGACCAUCCUCAGCUCCCAGGAUAUUAACUCAAUCGCCAUGUCAGCGGACGAGACACAGGUCGUGGCAAAGAUCAACAACAGCAUCAAGGUGCUGAGUGCAACGGAGGAGAUCAAGACUCACCUGGAACUGAUCAUGAAGUCCCAUGCCAACUGGGAGGAGUUUCUGACAGCCGGGCCCAUCUCCAUAGCGAUUUUAGGUGAGCUGAUAUUCAUUUCUGCGGCAGAGGCAUUCCAGGUGAAGCUCAACGUGGCAGACAAAACGUUUGGCUUCUUACGACACCCGGAAUCAUUCCACGCCUGCCUGCUGCAGGUAAGUGACCAGGGCUGGAAAGCCUUCAACAAAGCUCACAAGAACAUGGACCAGAUCCGCCUCUACUCCUUGACAGCCCCAACGCAUCUGGCCAGUGCGGUGCAGGUGCUGAGCCGGGACCCGAAGGUGAUCAAAGCCAUGCUGCCCAGUCGCCUGAAAAGCAUCAAAAGGGUGGCAGACCAGUGCCAAGGCUUGGCGGCUUCUGUUGAGGAGGAAUUCACCUCGCUCAUCGACUUGGUCCAGGAAUUGCUGGAAUUCUGUGCCAGCUCCCGAACUGAGCACCACGCAGCCCUGGACAAGGUCAAGCAGACGCUAGCGAAGGCCCAGUUCCAGAAGGAGGCAGCAGAGAAGGAAAAGAAGAGGGUGGAGACUCAGUGCAGUGAGGUGUCUGUCAAGUUGGAGGAGGCCCGUGCUGUAUACCAAAAGGCGGUGAAGAUGAUCCCCUCUGGGAAGAACCUGGUUGGAGUUUAUGUCACACAGUCUUUACUCGACUUGUCGAGCAGUCUUGUCACAGAGCUGGUGACGAUGGGCAUGACGGAGCCAUUGAGCCUGGCCAUUGAAAUCACUGAGGCAGCAGCACAUCAUGUAAAGAAGAAUAUGCAGAAAAAUAAACCAUCACCAGAUGAAGACGCAGACCAGAGGUCAGGGGACUCAACCAGCAUCUAUUUGAAAGGGAUGGAGAUGGUGGUGGCCAGCGCAUUGCUUCAGGACCUUGUCUCUGAGAGUGGGGCCAUUGACACCAGCAGCUUGCACAGUGCCAACUCACAGAACAGCAGCUUGGCUGACUACAAACUCAUGUUUCAGAACAGCCUGAGCGAGAUCAAGCAAGAGGAAGACUGCAGCACCAAGAAAGCAGCCCUGAAAUUGUGCGAGGCAGGGAUUACAACAUGCGAGCAGCUGGAGGAGGUCGCUAAGUGUGAGAAGCCUGAUGAGGCUCAGUUGAAAAGUCUUGGCAAAGCCAUCAAGAAGCAGAACGCUAAUGUUCUAAAGUACAUUUCAGACAUCAAAAGAUCCACCAACGUUCCAGCCUUGACUCCGCAACUGCCAAAUCUAACCAGUGCUGCCAACCUGGACAAGGUGCAGGAAGGUCUGUCAAAAAUGGUUCUGGAUCAAGCCCGCUUUAAGGUAGAACAAGCCAAAAGCCAAUUAGAUUCCAGCAGAGAGGAGUAUCAGAGAAUGUCUGAGACAAAAGAUAAGGUGGCUAAGGACCUUGAUGAGAUCUUGCUCACUAUGAUGGAGUGUCAGGUGAAGGAGAUAGAUUAUGACACAACUCUCAAGCUGCUCGCCACGGGCCUGGAUGCAUUGAGCCAAGUCAAGGUGCAGUGGGCUAAGAUGAGCAACUUCUUCCAAAUGAUGUCCAAUUUGAUUAAGGUCUCUCUCUCUGACGCCCUAACGCAGUUUACCAGUGAUACUGAGGCAUUCCCAGGAUAUUCUGAGGACUCUUUUGUCAAGGACAUGAUUUAUACAGAAGCCUUUCAGGCUUGUAACAUUGCCAACCUGUGCCACAUGAUCUCAGGGACUUAUGUUGAGGUCUCUCAAAAGCACCUAAGAGACCAAGUCUCCUGUUUGGAGACAUACAUCAAUCUGAGUCCCUCUGACCCUAUGUUUAAUGUAAAGCGCAGCAAACUUCAGGAAGAUUACGCAGCCACAAAGGAGGCAGUCAACCAAAUGGUCAUGAAAAACAAACAGGAGUUUGAGAUGCAAAUACAACAGAGGAUUGAUAACAUUAACUCCACAUUAAAGGACACCCUGCCUCUUACAGAAGGACAAUAGAGCAAGAUACUCAGCCGGAAGGAGGAGCCUGAAAUGGACAUUAAGAUGCUCCUCUAACUGGCUGAAGACUGCAGACAGAAUAUGAAUGAGCAGCCAUGCUUUGGAAGUACUACCUUAAAUCUUCCCUGAUGUACAGGCUUAGGUUUGCAAAGAAUUUAUCCUAUGACCAAUUCCCUCUCCCACCAGCCAACCUACAUGGAUUUAAGGAGGUUUAUAUAUGGUCCAAUGGAGGGGGGAGCGUUGGCUGGGCUCAUGGUAGGAGCUUGCCCCAGGUAUGUUUCCCCCUCGAAGUGUCUCCCGGAGGAGACUGUGUCCCAUGUGCAGAGGAGGCCCAGGACCCUAACAGUUCUCCACAAGGACGCUAGUCCAGUGAUUCACCCCCUCUUUGUCUUUCGAUUCAUGAUGGAAAGUAAGUUUUACAGGAAGGCUUGCUCUUGUAGUCUGUUCAUGGAUUCUGCCAAUCUUGCACCAGGCUGGCAUGAGUGCCAAUUGCUAUAGAGAGUAAAUCAGCUUCAUGUUCCACCUCUAAGCCACACACCAUCUGACCUGGGCAUCUAUUGCAGUUUAUUCAUCAUCACUGAGUCAAAAUCGUAAAACUCCCGAAAAAGGAAGACAAACUUGUAUUUAUAUAGCGCUUAUCAUGACCUCAGAACCAUCCAUCUCAAAGUUCUUUACAGCCUAUUAAGUACUUUAGAAGUGUCGUCACUGCAGUUUGGUAAGGAAAAGCAGCAGCUAAUUUGUGCACACAAAGUUUAAUAAUCUACUUUGGUGAUGUUGAUUGAGAGAUAAAUACUGGCCCAGGAGACUGGGGAGAUCUCCCCUGCCCUUCUUCGAAAUAGUGCAUGGGAUCAACUGAGAGGCAGGCCACAGACAAUCGAACAUGAACUGAGUAAGCACCUUCACCACACGAAUAGUUCAUGAAGGCGGCUCACCAAUUAACCAAUUAACUAUUGCUGGGAAAUGAAUGCUGGCCUUGCCAGCAGCACCCACACCCCAAAAAUAAAUGGAAAUGAAACAUGAACUUGUCCUAGGAACCAGGUAGUAAACACAGAGUGAGCAUUAUAGCUUUCCACAUGCCUUAUACAGGUCUGGUGGCAUUGCAGCUCUGUGUGGGGGUAUGAGCAGUGAUGGUUUCCAGAUGUGGAGGGAGUUAAAAUUUAAAAAGAAACACAUCUGGUUUUAAUUCUAAGAUAUUUUCAGGAUUGCUAAAAUCACAUUAGCAAAUUCCAGAUGAAUACACCCACAUCGUCCAAGGUAAGUGUUUAAGUAUACUGUCCCCGGUAGGAGUAAUUUUACUGGAUAUUUUGAAAUCAUGUUGCUCCUUUAAGUUCAUGAGUGACACACCAUUGGUGAACGUGGGUUAUUUUCACUCCAGUCCAGAAUCGUCCAAACUUUGGGUGGGCUGUGAGUGUGGAAUUCAGGAGGCUUGCCCUGUGCGAGGGCGGGGAUGGUGGUGGUGGUGGUGUUCUGGAAUGUUGGAUGACUGCCAGACCCACCUCACAUAACAACCAAUGGAAAUCUCAAUCAGUGGGGGAUGGGGAGAUGGCUGAGUUUUCUGCCCAUCACCCACAUGCUAAUGUACAACAUUGAUGGGGGAUGUGUACAGAUGCUUGAAGUUGACCCAGCAAUUUCACCCAAUCCUCCAGCAAUGGGACCCAAUGGGACUUUACCAGAUGAGACCUGACAUGGCAUCUGAACUGGGCAUUACUAAGCUGCUGACGAGGGCGAUCCACCCCAGAGAUGAUCAGUUGCCUGGUUGCUGACGUCAAUUUAAAUUGAUCUUCUGGCCCCUGCUGUUCCUCCCGCAGUGCCAUGGAACAGUUUUUGUCCAUCUGAGAGGGCAGACAGGGCCUUGGUUUAAAGUCUCAGGUGGAAAGAUGUAGAUAAUUCCAUAAAGUUACUGUCACUGGGAGUAGAUAAGGGAAUGUGCAACAUGAGGUGCAAUGAGGUUGGAAGAUUGGGAGGGAUGGGUUGAUGGAUUGGGAGAAAAUGGGAGGGGAGAGAGGGGGUGAGGUGGGAAUGAGCACAGCCAAUGUUUCACUCCUGGGAAAACUGAGACCUCAAUAUCAAACUUGUCAAACCAAUAUUCACUGCGAAUGGAUGGAAACUGGAAAUAGAGAAAACAGCAAUAGGUUACGCAAAGGUAUCUUGACUUCAAUAAGCAAAUGGUUUCAGUAGGCUGUAUUUACUGUAUUCUGACAGAAGUAUAAAAAAGUUUUAAUAAAUAAUAAUGAAAAGA